AUAUUGAUUGAAAAUGAUGAAAUUUUGUUUUGGAAUUUCCAAAAAUAUGAGCCGACGGACAACAAGUCUUGUUACAACACUAAAUUAGCUAGUAUUUACUUUCAAACAUGACAAAAUUUACUAUUAAAAUUCGUUUUAUUUAUUAAUAUUUUAUUUUUUCAACAAGUAUUCAAUUUUUUUAUCAAAACAAAAUAAUGUCGGGAAGAAAAUUUAUAAAACACAGUUCCCUUUGCUGGAAGGAAUUUCAUCAUAAAUACAAUACACUUGCUCGAAGUAGUGCAAAUAAUCAAUUGUUAAAAAGUGUAACUUAUACCGUUCAUGGUCAAAGAAAUAUUGCUAUUGUUUUCCGUGUCUUAAAAAAUGCAUUGAAGAUCCGCUACAUAAUUUUGGGAUCUGCUGUUGGUGGCGGAGUCCAGCUAUCUAAGAAAUAUGAAGAAUGGAAAGACCAGUUACCAGAUUUUAGUUGGAUAUCCGACAUGUUACCACCACCUGAAAAAUUGGAUGAAUACCGAGAUGCUAUUAUUGAUCUGAAAAAUCAAAUCAACUUACCAGAUUUUGAUAAAGGAUGGAUGAAGAAGAAUAUGGAUUUUUUAACUCUUAAAUUUGAAAACUGGCGAGAUUUGCUGGAAGAUGAUGCAUCAGAUGGUGACCCUACAACUUUGAUUGCAGAAAGUCUGUUAACUCAUGGUGGAGAAAAUUUUAGAACUUUUCCUAUAGAUAUUGCAUUAGGAACUACCAUGUCUGCAACUGCUGCUUCUUUUAGGGAUUCUUCUUCAAGCUCGGAUAUUAAUGAUGAAAAAGCUAGAAUUGAUAAAUUACAAGAGGAAUUAAUAAAUGUGCAGAUAAAAUAUCAAAAGGAAGUAGAGAGAUUGGAAAAAGAAAACAAAGAACUAAGAAAGCAAAUAAUGUUGAAGUCUGUUAAGUCCCAGCCGUCAAGAAAAAUAAAGAAAUCACUAAUUGAUAUGUAUUCUGAAGUAUUAGAUGAGUUGAGUGACUAUGACUCUAGUUAUAAUACACAAGAUCAUCUUCCUCGAGUAGUUGUUGUGGGUGAUCAAAGCUCUGGCAAGACAAGUGUCUUAGAGAUGAUAGCUCAAGCUCGAAUUUUUCCAAGAGGUGCUGGAGAAAUGAUGACUAGAGCCCCUGUUAAAGUCACUCUUAGUGAAGGACCCUAUCAUGUUGCUUGUUUUAAAGACAGCUCAAGGGAAUUUGAUCUUACUAAAGAAAGUGAGCUUGCUGAUUUGAGAAGAGAAGUUGAAAUCAGAAUGAAGAAAAGUGUGGAAGGAGGCAGAACUGUCAGUAAUGAAGUUAUUUCAAUGACUGUGAAAGGGCCUGGAUUGCAAAGAAUGGUUCUAGUUGAUCUACCUGGAGUCAUAAGUACUGUCACUGUAGAUAUGAUGGAUGGAACCAGGGAAGCCAUUCGUGAUAUGACGCAAUUAUAUAUGAGUAACCCAAACUCCAUUAUUCUCUGCAUACAAGAUGGCUCUGUUGAUGCUGAACGCAGUAUUGUUACUGACUUGGUUAGCCAAAUGGAUCCUCAAGGAAGAAGAACUAUAUUUGUUUUGACUAAAGUUGACUUAGCUGAACAGAAUUUAGCUGAUCCAACAAGGAUUAAAAGAAUUUUAGAUGGCAAAUUAUUUCCUAUGAAGGCUUUGGGUUAUUUUGCUGUUGUUACUGGUCGUGGUGGUAAAGAUGACAGUAUCAGCAUUAUUAAAAAUUAUGAAGAAUCCUUUUUCAAAAACUCCAAAUUGUGCCGGACUGGUAUUUUGAACACUUCUCAGUGCUCUACAAAAAAUUUAAGUUUUGCAGUUUCUGACUGCUUCUGGAAAAUGGUAAAAGCAUCUGCUGAGCAACAAGCCGAUGCUUUUAAAGCUGCUCGUUUCAACUUAGAAGCAGAAUGGAAAAAUAAUUUCCCUAGGCUUCGAGAACUGGACAGGGAUGAGCUCUUUGAAAAAGCCAGGGGUGAACUUUUGGAUGAAAUUAUUAAUCUAAGUCAACUUUCUCCCAAGCAUUGGGAAGAGACACUAUCGAAAGAGCUGUGGAAAAAAAUGUCAGCAUAUGUAUUUGAAAAUAUCUAUGUUCAAGCUCUGCACUCAGAUAGUCCUGGAUCUUUCAACACUGCUGUAGAUAUUAAAAUGAAACAUUGGGCUGAUGAAAUGCUACCAAAAAAAUGUGUUUCUGUUGGUUGGGAAACUUUGCAAGAUGAAUUCUGCAAAAUUUUAGAAAAAUCCAAGUCUUCAAAAGAGCAUGAUGAUAUAUUUGACAACUUAAAAAAUGCAGUAGUUGAUGAUGCUAUACGAAACCAUUCAUGGGAAGAAAAGGCCGUUGAUAUGCUGCGAAUUAUUCAAUUGAAUGCUUUGGAAGACAGAGCUGUUACUGAUAAGCAACAAUGGGACUCAGCUAUAAAGUUUUUAGAAGCUAGUGUUAAAGAAAGGCUGGCUCAAACUAAUGCUUAUAUUUAUGAAAUGGAAGGGCCGUCUUUCUCUGAACGUUGGUUGCAUUGGAUGAGUAGAACAUCUGAUCAACAAUUGUGGUCUAAUGUUAAAAUAGAAAUUGAAAAACUAUUUAAUCAUUAUACUCACAGCCCAACUUUAACAGCUGAUGAACUUACCACUAUAAAAAGAAAUCUUCAAGCUGCAAAUGUGGAAGCUGAUUAUGAUUUAAUAAAACAAGUAUGGCAUCCGCUUCAUAGAAAGCAUUUUCUAGAAAGGUCCUUACAGAAAGCCUAUGAUUGUAAAAGGGCUUUCUAUCUCUAUCAACAAGGAUUGGAUUCAGAAAUGGAUUGCAAUGAUGUUGUUUUGUUUUGGAGAAUACAGAAAAUGCUACAAACUACAUCAAAUGCUCUUAGACAACAAAUAAUGAAUGCAGAAGCUCGUAGAUUAGAAAAGGAAAUAAAGGAAGUCUUAGAAGAUUUUAGUCAAGAUAAUGAAAAGAAGAAAAAGUUAUUGACUGGACGGAGAGUUACUCUUGCUGAAGAACUAAAACGUGUCAGACACAUACAAGAAAAGUUAGAAGAAUUCGUUGCUGCUCUUCAUGCGGAAAGUUGAUUUUAGCGAGUUAAUUAAUACUACUUUAUUACUUAAGAAGCAGUUCAUAUUGUUAAUUAUAACUUAUUAGUCAUCUCUACUAGUUUGUCAAUUACAAAUGUAGAUAUAUCAAAAUCUUUAUAUAAAAUAUAUAAAUUUUUUUUUUUCAAAACUAUUGUGUGUUCAAAAUGAUUGCUUGUAUGAGAGUGAUUGAUUUUUCUGAAUGUGUAUAGAAUUUUGUAAAAUAAAUUGUAAUUCUUUGUAAUUUA